CACCUUUUCCGCUUCUUCCGGAAAUUGUCUAGCCCAAGUAUUGUCGAGGUCAUGCCAAUCAUUCGAAAAUGCAGCAAAAUCGGAACUUGAAGAACCUUCCUUAGCAUGUCCAGGAAAAAGGUUAUUAAGCUCCCAGACUGGUUCAAAUCGAAUAUGA